GGAAUCACUUCCGUUGAGAACCGACAAAAAGGUUAGGGCUACGCUCUAUAAUUUUCUUAAUGAUAGAGAAACACAAAACUCUUCCUUAAAACAAGUUUUCAGCUGGAAAUGCCCCACAGGCCACAGCAACAGAACCCAAAUUCCUUUCUUUUGAGAUUUACGUUUGGAAUUUCAGGGCUUCAAACCCUAGCCACCGAUUCUCUCACCUUCCGACUGGCGGUCAGCCAUCCAACUAAGUCGCUGGUUCCUUCGGUCAGUAGUGCACCCAACCCACCUGCAGCACCAAGUCACCUCUCCCACGAGCCUGUUAUGGUCUCCCUCUUGUCUACUGCACUGAACCACCAAUUGCCGCCUCUGGCCAGCCGCAACGCCACCAUGUCCACCCAUUCCUGGUGUAACCGUCACAAGUGCCGCCAAAAACCAUUAUCAAUCGACCUUUUUUGCUGGCGACACAGAACUACCGCCAGCAAUCACCAUUGUAGCCACCUUCUAAACUCUUUCUUCUCUUCCAUUUUGAGGCAUUAUUUGAGUUGUACAUCUAUCAAGUAAUAAUAAUGGCUGAUUCAAAAAAACUUCGCACAAGAAAUUGAUGGAACAAGUACUCAUGGGGAAACAAAUGGAUGAGGAACUGUAUACUGCAGCUAGAAAUGCACCGAUUCAGUAUUCUCAGCAUGAAACCAGACAAUAACGGAGACACUCCGCUUCACAUUGCUGCUAAGUGGAAGAGUAGUGUAAAAUUGGUAAACUACUAAUUGAAGCUUCAAAUACAUUUUUAGAUGCGCAAAAUCUGAGAGCGAAAAGUUUUCAUGUAGCUCCUUGGGCGAUAAAACAGGGAAGCAAUUAUUUGAGAUUCAAGAAGCAAACACACAAAGAUUGGUGCAAGAUUAUGAAGGGAAUACACCUUUGCAUUAUGCCAUUAAGAGUGGGAACUCUAUUGCUGCAAUUGCAUUAACUCAUAAGUGAUUGGAAGAUAAAGAGCAGAAAGAGCUCAAGUUGGUUGAUAAACGUGAAGCCCUUAACGAGGUACACUGCAAUAGUGAUCAUUUUCUGUUACGUGCUAUUUUAUUGCCAGUCAUUAUGCAUUUCAAAGUGAGACCACCCAUGGAGGAUUUGGUUAUGAAACUAAGAAUGCACAUUGAGAGCCAACUUGGAUUUGGCACUUUUAUACAAUUUGUUUUUUUGCACUAGAGCAACGCAAUUCAACUAAUUUUUGAUAAGGUGGAUGUAUCAAGGUGGUUGCCUAAAUUAUAAGGCUAUAUUAAGAAAGAGUGUAGUUAGUAGCCGCCCAACACGUAUUUUAUAUAAUUCAGAUGAAAAAGAAAUUUAAAAAGAUCACGAGAUUUAAAAAAUGGAGAUUAAAAGUUUAUAUUUUGUAGUAAAAAAAUUUGAUAAAUUACGUUUAUAAUUAGAGGAUGAAGUUGGGUGUA